AUGCAUUGUUCCACUCGACAUAUUAUUUUAUUUAAUACAAUUAUCUAUAUCGUUUUAAUUAGAAGCCUCAGUAUAGAUUUAUCUGAAGAACUAAAAAAAGAAACUGUGAAACGUGAAAUCGCCAAUAUUCUAUCAUUACCUCUACUACCACCAAACAAAAUAAUUGCUGCAUUUGAUGAUUCGGCAGACAUACUGCAAUCCAUUAAUGCUAAUUUUGAAAAAUUUCUUAAUUAUAUUGAAAAAACUUAUCUUAUUAAUGCACAAUUUAAUUCAUUAAAUUGGAAUCAUUACACAAAUUUAUCUGACAGACCAAGAACGAAUAAUCAGUAA